CGAAGCAGCGGCUGGCCAACAAUACAAUCAUUUUCGAGCAAUAGUAACGCGAUUCGCUAGUAACAUGCUGCACAUUUAAUUCGCCGCCAUAAGUGUCCGUUUUGGAUCUCGCGGAUCGAUUCCUGUCGAGGGAAAUAUGCCUUCAACCCUUCGCUCGUUCGUGAUGUUUGUGAAUGUAGAAAAUUGCUAAAUGUAGUACGUUUACGCGAAGAGUGGUCACCUGAAGACAGAUUUAGUGUGGCUUUAGUUGCUUAGUGUUAUUUUGUGUUUCUCCGUGCACGUUAAACAAAUAAAAAUGUCGACCAGCGAGAUUGAAGAGUUCGUCAAUGGAGCCCUCGUUUCUUGGAUUGAGUCUUGCUUGCCGCGGCAUGAAAUCAUUGCCGGAUACGUGUCACUGCUCGAUGGCACGUUGCUGCACAGUGUUUACCUCCAAAUUGAUCCCGAGCCGCAGCACCACCCCGCGAAGAUACGGAACGUGGAGGGCAUUUCGGCACUAGCCACGGCCCGCACGCGCAACUUCGAUGCGAUUGUGAAGAAUCUGCGCAACCUGUACGACGAGGAGCUCGGCCAAACUAUUCUCACAUUGCCGGACUGUUCCGUGCUGGGCCACUCGUCCGAAACGCGGGCCGGUCUGGAGCAGAUGAAGCUGCUCAUAACGCUGCUACUCGGGGCCGCCGUGCAGUGUCCGAACAAGGAGAUUUUCAUCGCCCGCAUCAAAGAGCUGGACGUGAACACGCAGCAUGCGAUCGUCGAGGUGAUCAAACAGGUCACCGACAGCCAAACGCUCGUACUGACGCAGGAAGCACUCGAGCAACUGUCGCCAGAGCUGAUGUGCAAGCACAUUGUGCGAUUGGUCAAAGAACGGGAUCAGUACCACGGCAAAUGGAUGACGUCGCUGAUUUCCGACAGCGAGCAGCAGGCUUUGGUGAACAGCUCCAGCUCGAAAAGCAGCCUCCACAAUGCAUCAUCUGCUUCGACCAGCUCGGCCAAUACGCCCUCCACCACCUCGGAGAACAAUCAUCUCGCAGUGGAGCUGGCCGACUACAAGUCUAAGCUGAGAAAACUACGCCAGGAGCUGGAGGAGAAAUCGGAGCUUCUGAUGGAAGUGAAGGAGGAGCUGGAUCACAAGUGCAACCAGUAUGAGAAGCUCCGGACCGAAAGUCAAGAUUGGUACUCGGAAUCUCGACGGGCCGCUGCGUACCGGGACGAGGUGGACGUGUUACGUGAGCGGUCCGAGCGUGCCGAUCGGCUGGAGAUUGAAGUACAAAAAUUGCGUGAAAAGUUGUCCGACGCCGAAUUCUACAAGACACGCGUCGAAGAGUUGAGGGAAGACAAUCGCAUGUUGCUCGAAACAAAAGAAAUGCUUGAAGAACAGUUAACUCGAUCACGCAAACGCAGUGAUCAGGUUAUGACACUCGAAGCGGAAAUAAUUAAAUUCAAGCAGAUGAUGAACGACAUGACCCUCGAGCGAGACGUGGACAAGAGCAAGCUGCAAGAGCUGCUAGAAGAAAACGUGCAACUCCAGCUGGCGACAAAGAACCUAAUGGCCGGAAGCGAUGCGAAUGUCACGAACCAAGCUCUGUCGGACACCGAUACCGAAGAUCCGCCUUCAAAUGAUAACAGCCUAUCGGAACAGUUGACCACGAAUGCGCAGACACGUGCGCUGAAAUUGGAGCUUGAAAAUCGUAGAUUGCUUGCCGCGUUGGAUAGCCUCAAGGAAGCCUCCUUCCACGAGAACUCCAACAAAAUCCUUGAGCUUGAAAAGGAGAAGAAAAAACUCUCCCUCCGGUUGGAACAAACGCAGGAAAAUUGCAACAGGCUCGUGCAGCAAAACAGUGAGCUGGAGAACGUGUUUAAAAACGCGCUGGAGGAAAACAAAAAGUUGCAGGACGCGAUCGAUUCGAAGCAGCAAAUGAUCGAUCGACAGACGCACGAUCGGGAACUCGAUCGGAUCCGACACAUCGACCUCGAGAAGCAGAUUGAAUCGCUCACGAAGGACAAGCAGCGUGUGCAGAACUUGUUCGAGAGCAUCCAGCGGCGUACGAUCGACCUGGAGCGUUCGAUCGAUUCGAAGAGCAAGGAAAGUGUGCAGCUUAACGAACGGCUCAAGCAGCUCGAAGAUGUGCGCAAGGAGGUGUACGAUCUGCGUGGCAAGUGCGCCACGGUGGAGCGGGAAAACGUUAACCUCAACAAGGAGCUGGUCAAGUACAAGGAGGUACUGGAGAAGUGCGAACACGAUCUGGAUACGGCCGGUGGCCAGCUGGAUGCGAAGGACAAGGAAAUCGAGCAGCUAACGAAGCGCGUAGAGGAAGGUUCGAGUGUGCUGGUGAAGCUGCAGGAACUGGAGAAGGAAAACCAGGAGCUGCUAUCCCAGCAAAAGAUGCACUCUGACACGAUAUCGACGCUACAGAAAGACCUCUACGACGGCACGAUGGCGACGAAGAAGGUAAAGCAAAACCUAGAGCGGCUCGGCUUGAACGAAAGCGAGCUGGAGCGAAACGACAUGAACGUGGAGGUGUUUGUGGAAAAGUUGUGCAAGAAUCCAGAGUCCUUCAAAACGGUCCGGGAAAUCGUGCUGAAUGUCGUUGGCAAGGACCACCUCCAGCUGGCAUCAGACCAAGUCGGUGGUACCAAAUCGGCCGACAUUUGUGUACUUUGCCAUCGGCAGGAAAUCUACACCGUGGAGAAAAACAUUGAGUUCUCGAACUGCGAAGAAAUAUCCGAACAGACGGUGGCGGCACCGGCCGCUCCCUCAGAAGUGGAGCUCAAGUUGGAACAGUUAAAGCAGGAACAUGCCUCCCUGCUUGCCGUCCAGGAGUCGCUGCAGGAGGAAAACGCACGGCAAAAGGUGAAGGUGGCCACGCUCGGAUCGCAAAUUACUUCGCUCAAUACGCAGCACGUCGCCUUACAGCUCGCCAACUCGCAGCUGGCAGUCGAGAAGGACAUGCUCGUGAAGCAGGUCGAAGCCAAACGGCAGCAGUAUGAAUCGCUUCAACAUGACUACGUCGCCCUACAGUGCCUUCAUGAGCAGCUCAGUAGCGAUUAUGACGCGUUGAAUGGCGAAAAGGAGCUUCUGAAAAAUACGAUCCGUGAUCUAAAAACGGAAAAUCGUGAUCAUCGCGAGCGCACCGUGGCGUUGGAGAAGAAAAUCGAAGAGCUACAGGCCGAGCUGCUCUCUAUGAAGGAUGGUCUUACCAAUCUGAACAAUCUACGGGCGGAACAUUCGAAGCUGAAGGACGACUUCCGGUGUCUGUUUACGAGCAACGAACGAUUGAAACAAGACUAUAAAAACGGCCACGAUCAGUAUCGGGCGUUCCGUACGGAAAACAGCAGAUUGAAGCUGCGUAUCACCGAGCUGUCCGGCGAAUUGACUAACAAAAAGGAACAGAUCAGCAAUCUGGAGAUUGAGUACACCAAAAUAAACCAAAGAUGUGAAAUGUUGUUAAAUAUGAACGCCAGUCUAGACAUUGAUCGCCGCACGCUGAUGGACCACGUUUCGCAGAUUCUCGCCCAGUACCAAGAACUGUUGGCGCACUCGCUAGAGGACAAGCAGCAUUACCACGAUGAGGAGAAAAGCUUCACCGACAAAUUGAACAACCUGAAUCGCCAGAAGGAAAAGUUGGAGGAGAAAAUCAUGGAGCACUACCGAAAGCUGGAUAGCUGUUCACCGAAGAAGAAACCAUUUGGUUUGAAUCUCGUCAAGAAAAUGCGUCGAGCCGGCUCGGAAUUGAUGAAUCGCGUACCAAAUAGAAAUCGCCGUUCUUGGGUGGAAGAGCAACGCCUAACGCAAAGCCAGUGCCUUUCGAUGGGUUCGGAAUCGGGUGGGAACGAAUCGGACAACAGCAUCGAAGAACCGAACUCGGUAGCUUCGGAUACGAACCUUCUACAGCGCGGCUCUCAAUUGCGCCAGAGUCUACAGCGGAAGCCAAACAAUGAAGCCCUUAACGCGACAUUGCUUCGUGGAGGCAUCCGUAGCAGUUUACAAGCUUCCCGACGGGAUGAAGUCAAUCCAGCGCAUCGCAAUAGCUUCCAGGGGUUUGAUACAACGACCGAUACGCUGAAUCUUGGCACGGCCGGUACUCGCCGUACCGUGUAUUUGGACGAUAAGAUUGUAAACUCCGGUUCCAGUACGCCGACGGGCGUGGCGGUGAAUCCUUCACCGCCCCCGUCCAUCUCCACGCCACCACCUCCUCCACCCCCACGGACGGAUCAGAAUGUCACGCCCCAGCCGAGCCAAUCGAAUCCUUCCUCCGAAGGGCCAACUUUUGUGCUUCUGAACCGAAUUUCCACGACAACCACUACGCUGAAGACGGAAACUACGGCGAACCUUCUACCUUCCCAGCACAUGGAAGUAAGUGGCAAUCCGUCCGGUAGUGCCACGUCCGUUAGUUCGGGCACGCUCUGUGGGAUGGAAGAUAGCAAUAAGAAAGAUACCAAUGGCAAUAGCAGCAAGAAGAAGACGGAACCCAAAAGUCGAGACAGCGCAAUCUGGUACGAGUACGGAUGCGUUUGACGACACACUCCGAUAAAACAUUGAGUAUUCCCGACAGCAUUUACUACUAGAACAAAUCCAGCAACACAAUGAACAAUUAGAAAGGGAACUAGCAAGCAAGCAGUAUUGAUGGACAGCAAGACAGGUGGCCAACCCUUUUAUUUAGGUUGAUCGCAGGACGAAUUCUUGCCCCAGCAGCGAAAUUACACUACUGACAAGUGCUUUAAGAUGACGCCCACAAAACAUUACCCAGUAAGAGGAGAAGCCGUUCCGUUUUUUUUUUACUUAAGUUGAUUCUAGGGCCCGUCACGCUUUUGUGAAUGUUCGUACGGUUGUUCUCUAUAGCUUGUAGAACGUUAAUCUUUUAAGUUGACACCAUUUGUUUAGAGUGCAUUUAUUGCUUCUGUUGAAAAUUACUGCCUGAUACGAAACAUGUCAACGGUAAACUAUGAAACUCCGUUAUACAUUACAUCGACCCAAGUGCUUAACGUAGUGAAGAGGAAAAACUCAUGCAACGAAACUGUUACAAGGAAUCUCUUAAGAAAAAUUGUCCUUUUUGUAUAAGUAUUAUUUGUAUUUUUUUUACCACAUCCUGCUAGGUGUAGAAUCUUUAGGCCUUAUUUAAUACAACAUUUAUCACAACAGAUACCAGCGUGGUUGUUAGCUGUUCGAAGUUUGAAACUUUAUCUUUUUACCAUGCAUUUUGUGUUUCAACAUUUCCUUCCCACUUUCCGGUCUCUUGUGUUGUAGAGCUACAAAGUUGAUACUCAAGCUAUGAAUCUGAAACAGUAUAACAAAAAUCAAAAUUACCAUUUAAACUUAUGCUACUUACAUCCGCCCGGAUAUCAUAUAUACGACGCGUUUUAUUGGGAAUAAGCAUUAUCCAAGCGACAAUGAAGCGAAACCAGCUCCGUUAUUAGCAUUAGUAUUUAAACAUAUUUAGGUCUCUUGACGCAAGCGCUACGGGAGCGAGAAGAGUGAGGUUUUAAAUACAAAUAAAAUAAAACGAAACGCAAUAA